AUGAAUGCCGACGUAGACAAGCUCGAUGGCCUGGCACCACGAUCCUGCAAGCUGUGCCACAAGAAAGAGGGCGUCGCCCGCUGCUCGGCCUGCCUGGCAGUUUUCUACUGCGGGCGAGAAUGCCAGGUCAAGGACCGUGAUUUCCACAAGAAGCCGUGCACCCUCAUCAAAAAGAACCGUCUUCGCUACAAGUCGGAGCAGAAGAAGCUGCGCGAGAUGCCAAGCGGACCCUUCCUCCCCGACAACGUGUUCGAGGACCAUGUCGGCCGCUUUUGGGGCAUCUUGGGGACGCGCCCAUACAUGUGUGCGCGCUAUGCAUUGGUGGACGCGAUGCUGAUAACCUACGGUACCGCCGGCGGCCCCGUGGACGUGGUGCAGAUGUCCCUGGACCAUCUCCUCGACAUGAUGAGGCUGUGUCGCUCGGAUAACCUGUGCCUGCGCAAACUGAUACCCGGGCUAUACAUUCGACUCGGAAGGGACCAGGACGCCUACGACUUCAUGAAGUGGUACGCGACUACCGGGCAGAAGACGGACUACAACUGGGGUAACAUGGAAGAACCGUUCCUGGACACCAAGGACGCGGACGUGUUGGAAGCGCCGGUAAAGAGCUGGAAAGGCCGCGUUCUCGAUCCGAACCAUGUCGUGGCCGUGGUGCUCAUCAAGGUGCGAAUUAUGCUCGACCUGCAGGUGAUCCAGAACGCCAGGAUUGCGGACCGCGGCGAUAAUCCGGAAGAAACCAUCAAGAUUAUAGGGGGCAAGCUCGUCAGCCCUAUUAUUUCGUCACGGGCCGAGAGUUUGCUAGCUGAGCCGCAGGAGACAGCACGACUGGCUGGGAAAAUCAAAAAACAAAUCAAACAACUAUACGACGCCGUCGGGUCAUACAACCGGCACUUUUGGGACCUGCUGGUUGAGGAUCCUGACUGUGGGGUUUUGCGCAGACCAGCCUCAAACCCGCCGCAGUCGAAGAACGAGGCUAUAGAGGUAGUCAAAUACAGCUAUGCGUCAUGGUAUAAGACGCCUGGAGCAGUGAGCGUGCUUCGGAAUCUGAGCGAGGAGGACUGA